AUGUUCAAGCACAACCAUGCAUACAUCAACAUCACAAUUCUGCAGUCUGAAGAAGAUGCUGAUGCUCCUGGGGACUCCACUGAUGUUAACUGGGCUCCUUACCUUAAGCACACUUUGGAUGAGGCAAGAGGUAGAGAUGGACACAAAGGUGGCUAUAAGUGUGGCGAGAUGCAUCAUCACAACAUGCUCUUCAGAUAUGGCGCACUUCAGACAGAGAUACAACAGGAGAGAUCCCAGAAGAUGCAUAUUGCAUUCAGGAGCAUUUAUUGUGGACCUUGCACAUCCUUCUUGGUGACUAGCAGGCUAAUUGAUGGUCUUCCCGGCAACAAGACACUGUUCUCUGUGCUCAUGACUAAUGCCAUCGAGAUCAGGGAGUUGAUUAAUCGGCCAGAGUUAGAGUAUAUCAUGAAAACUCUAGCUCCAUUGAAUGCACCAGAGGACAUAGUCAUCCAGAUUGUAGCAUGUCUGGUAUUCAUGACUUACUUGGAAGAUGGUGAAGGUCUUGCAAACAAGGCUCAAGGAAGAGGUGAUAGAGAUGGCCGGCCAGUGAGGUGCUAUAUCUUGCCAUUGUUCACCCCUUCUAAAAUCACUAUUGGACGAUGGAAGGUGGACCACAAAGGCCUGUGGUACACGAAGGACUAUAUAUACCAUUAUGGUUUGAGGUGUUGUUUUCGCUAUGGGUUGACCCUCUACAUUGACGGCAAGGGAAUUAAGUGCAGACAGCAUACAUAA